ACAACGUUUCGCUAUUUGUUUUUUCACGUCAAGCGAUUUCGAUAACGCUGAAGCUGAAUUUGAUGAAGAAAAGUCCCAUCGUGAGUUAAAAUUUAUUCUAUCAAAAUAAAUAAUGAAUAAAAACAAAAAGCUAAGAAACGAAAUGAAAGCACUUACCUGGGAGAUAUACCAACGGGUGAAGAAGAACCGUCAAUCAAGGUCUGAGACAAGGUUACGAAAGAUGUCUCCCCGUGGCACCAGCGAACAAAAUAAUGAAAAUAGCUUACAACAAAUAAAUAACAAUAUACAAAUCGAUGAAGCCAUGGACGAUAAUAUCGAAGAAUAUGAGGAAUAUGAAUGGGCUGGACAGAAGCGAAUAAGGGUUUCUAGUUUGAUACCAGGAGGCUAUGCUUCUAUUGGCAUAGGAACCAGCAUAAGCAACUCGGAGUACGAAGGUGAGGACUUAAAUGUUGAUGACGAUGACACCCACAUUUAUGGACCACCUCAGUAUAGUGAGAGUGAUGUUAUUAGUUCGACGAGUACCAAAAAUGAUUCUUCAAAUGAGAGUUCCACUCAAAGCCAAACAAACACAACUUCUGAGACCGAAUCAGCCAAAAGUAGCAAUUCAAAGGAACAAACCUCAGAAGAACAUACUAAGAAACAGGAGAAAGAACUAACCGAGUUACAAUGCUCCCGACAAAUAAUUGAUUCAUUGAAGGACAAAUUACGGAAGUACGAAAAUCAUACACAAAAUAAGUUCAAAUGUCUGAUAUGUCUGGAAGACUAUCAUAAUCCUGCAAUAUCUGUUUCCUGUUGGCAUGUUCACUGUGAACAAUGUUGGCUAAGAUCACUUGGCGCACGAAAGCUAUGUCCGCAGUGUAAUCUUAUUACAUCACCUUCGGAUUUAAGACGUAUUUAUAUGUAAUUAUAUAUUAAGUUACCUAUAGUAAGAAAAUAUAAAAUUAGUUCUUUUUUAUGAAAUAGACAUUCAAUUUUUAAUUUGAUUUGGAAAAAUGUUGUAUUUAAUUUGUCCAAUUUAAUUUUAAGUUUUUUGUACUCAAUCUUGCAAAAGAGUUUUUCCAACUAAAUAAAGCUUUAUUUUUCGUACAUUAAAAA